AUAUCUUCAGGUUUGCCUGAAUCAAAUGGUUACCUUUAUAUUGAGGCAAAUGGUGGUCUGAAUCAGCAAAGGACAUCGAUAUGCAAUGCUGUUUCUGUGGCAGGUUAUCUUAAUGCGACCCUGGUCAUUCCACACUUCCAUUUUCAUAGCAUUUGGAGGGAUCCAAGCAAGUUUGGAGAUAUCUAUGAUGAAGAAUUUUUUGUUAAAACCCUAGCCAAUGAUGUACGAGUGGUGGACAAGAUUCCUGAUUAUAUUAUGGAACGAUUCGAUUACAAUAUGAGCAAUGUUUACAACUUCAGGAUCAAGGCUUGGUCCUCCAUCAGUUACUACAGGGAUACAGUUCUUCCAAAGCUGCUCGAAGAAAAGCUCAUUAGAAUAUCCCCGUUCGCAAACCGUUUAUCAUUUGAUGCUCCUCCAGCAGUUCAGCGGCUUAGGUGCCUGGCAAAUUAUGAAGCCCUUAGAUUUUCAAAUCCUAUUUUGAGUUUGGGGGAAACAUUGGUUGCAAGAAUGAAAGAACGGAGUGCCAAUAAUAGUGGAAAGUAUAUCUCUGUGCAUCUCCGCUUUGAAGAGGAUAUGGUGGCUUUCUCUUGUUGUAUAUAUGAUGGUGGUGAGGAAGAAAAAAGGGACAUGGAUGCUGCAAGAGAGAGAGGAUGGAAGGGAAAAUUUACAAAACCUGGUCGUGUGAUUCGUCCUGGAGCUAUCAGGAUUAAUGGCAAGUGUCCCUUAACUCCUUUAGAGGUUGGUUUGAUGUUAAGAGGCAUGGGAUUUGACAAGACUACAUCCAUCUAUUUAGCAUCUGGAAAAAUAUACGACUCCGAGCGACAUAUGAAACCACUAUUAGAAAUGUUUCCUCUUUUACAAACUAAAGAUAUGCUGGCAACCCCAGAAGAACUAGCUCCAUUUCAGAAUUACUCUUCCAGGAUGGCUGCCAUAGACUAUACUGUUUGCCUUUAUAGUGAAGUAUUUGUGACAACUCAGGGAGGCAAUUUCCCCCAUUUUCUGUUGGGCCAUAGGAGAUACUUAUAUGGUGGACACUCCAGGACCAUCAGGCCAGACAAAAGGAAGUUAGCUUUGUUAUAUGAUAAUCCCAAUAUCGGGUGGAAGAGCUUCAAGCGGCAAAUGCUUAAUAUACGAGCACAUAGUUAUUCAAAAGGUAUUGAGAUUAAAAGACCAAAUGACUCAAUAUAUUCAUUCCCUUGCCCAGAUUGCAUGUGCCGGAGUAACAAGACUGAAGAUUUUAGAUCAUCCUCAGUAACGUGAUCUGUGUGCACGUCAGUAGGUGGUGUUCUUAUUCUCGUAGUAUGCAUGAACCUCAGCUGCUAACCGUUCUUGUUCUCGUAGUACACAUGAACUUCAGUUGCUAACUGUUGUGAUUCUUUCAUUUUUUCCCCUCCACUGUGGAGAGGGCCUUACUGGAUUAGCUGCUUCUGGGAUUUGUAUAAUGACUGACCAAUUUGAUUCUUUCCCGGGCAUGAGUUUGAGAGUACGCUUUUGUACAUGAUGGUGUGAGAAAGGAUGGGAAAGUCAUUUCCAUCGGUGAAGUUACCCCCGGUGUUAAUUUACAUAGCAGAUUCAUCUUCUUCCAGCUGCUGUAAUCUCUAACAAGCUGUGAAUUGACACAAGAUAUAUUUGCACGUUAGUUUUGUGAGAAACAGGAUUUUGUAUAUUAGUGAAGUGGGAGUGUUAGAUUAUAGGAACAUGAUGAGAACAGUAUAGGCUUAUCAGAAGUCAGGGUUCCAAAAUUUUACUUUGGAUACCCUUUUUUGUCAAUAUAAUGUCUCUUGUUGAUAUUUAUUGCUGUUUGACUAGAUUUAUCAACUUAAUUCAGAGUGCACAGAAUUUUCAAAAGAGCACUGUUACAAGUGUGAAUUCUUUCUUGAUUAA